AUGGUGGUGCUCUCGGCCUCGUUACUGUCUCGCAAUGGAAAAGUGCUCGUCGCGCGUCAAUUCGUGGAGAUCACCCGGAUCCGUCUUGAGGGUCUCUUGGCGGCGUUUCCUAAGCUGCUGUCGAGCUGUUCGCGGGAGCACACGUUCAUUGACACGGAGAGCGUGCGUUACGUGUACCAACCUCUUGAGAGCUUCUUUGUGAUCAUUAUUACGAACAAGACGAGCAAUAUCGUGGAAGAUCUGCACACGAUUCAGCUGCUGGCGAAGCUUGUGCCGGACAUUUGUGCGCCGCUGAGCGAGGCAUCGAUUCGAGACAAGCAGUUUGAGUUGGUCUUUGGCUUUGACGAGCUCAUUACAGCUGGCGGACACUCGGAAAAUAUCAAUGUGCAGCAGGUUCGCAUUAACAUGGAGAUGGAGAGUCACGAGGAGAAGCUGCACAACAUGAUCCUCGAUAGCAAGCGGGCGGCAGCGAAGGAUGAUAUGAAGCGCCACACUGCGCGGAUCAAGGAGGAGCAGCGUGAGCGCGCGCGGUUGGAGCGCGCAGGUAUGGGCGGAAGUGGAUUUGGAGCGCAGAACUCGUUUGGUAGCUCAUUCAGCAACGCGUUCAAGUCGCCACGCAGCACAGGCAGUAGUGACAACUUUUUGAACAGUCCCAUGUCAUCCUCUGCCACCUCGCCGACCUCAUUCAGCAAUCGCACGGCGCCUGUUGUGUCGAAGGCUGUGGGCAUGAAGCUAGGAAACUCGAGUAGUAGCAAGGGAAUGGCUUUAGGCGUCGGAGGCAGGUCAUUUAUGGAUGCGAUGGCGGCUGAAGAUGGGCUGAAGGAAAUUCCGCCGAUGAGUGCGGCCGUUGAGACCGUCCAGACACCUGAAGUGGCAGCUGCCGUCAGCCACGACCCGAUUGGUGCUGUCGUUGAGGAAAAGAUGACAGUGAUGGUGACCCGCGAUGGUGCACUCGAGCAGCUCGAGGUGAAGGGCAGUAUGUACGUGUCGGUAAAUGAUCCGAGCGCUGGUUGCUGUCGCCUCAAGUUGCGUACAGGUGGCGUGGAGGGUAUUUCGUUUCAGACGCAUCCAAAGGUUGACAAGAGGCUGUACGACAGUGAGUUCGUGCUUGCUCUGCGGGAUCCAUCGAAACCAUUCCCUACUUCCCGCGUGGCAUUUUUGCGGUGGGGAUUAAAGACACAGGACGAAGCGAUGCUACCAUUGAAUAUUACGUGCUGGCCUGAGGACGAAGGUAACGGUAAGAUGAAUGUGAGCGUCGAGUACUCCUUGGACCGUGACAUGGUGCUGGAUAAUGUGAACAUCAUGAUUCCACUUGGCGGCUCGGACGCGCCAAGUGUUGCUAAUGUGGACGGACAGUACCAGCACAACUCGAGUGAAGGCUCGCUUCUUUGGCAUCAGGAUCAAAUCAGCUCUACCAACAACUCGGGCACGCUGGAGUUCACGAUUCGGGGCAACAACAUGGAUGCAUUCUUCCCCAUCUCCGUCUCGUUCUUUUCGCGCAGCGUGUAUAGCGAUGUGCAGGUAGAGGCCGUUCAGAAGAUCGAAGAUGGAUCGCCCAUUGCGUUUGGAUUUGAGAAACUGCUCUCCACGGACUCGUACCGAAUCGUCUAG